GGGACACAGUUGAGCUGACACGCAUGCCUCAACACCCAAUGUCAAUAUGACCGCAAGCGAAGCCAAGACUGACGAGGCUGCAUCAGACUCAAAGGUGCAGGCAAAGAAGUCGGAUGAAAAGCCUCAGGAUCAGGCGGUGCCAGUAGCACAGAAGUCCUUGAAAGAGUACUUCAGCUGGCGACCUGUGCCAUGGUGGCUUUGUUUCCUUCUUGGAAUUUUCCUCCUCACCAAGUUCCAAAUUGUUUACAAUGACUCGCCCUGUGCAGUUCUGGGACUUCAAGGUCCUGUGACUUCGUCGGACUUGAAAAAGGCCUUCCGGCAGCUGUCAAUGUGCACCCACCCAGACCGACUUCGAGGAAGGCUCAAGCGGCUGCCGAGCCCAGAGGAGUCUCGAAGAGGGGAAAUCAUUUUCAACCGCGCCUCAGCGGCGAAGGAUGAGCUGUUCAAAACUCAGAAGAACAAGAAAGCCAUGCAAUGCUAUCAGGGUGAGAUGGAGUUGGCUGUCUUGCUCGUCUUCCAGCAGGUCGGCCGUCUCUUGUCCAGCCUUGGAUUAGAAGACUACAUGGGCUUCUUUUGGGAAUUAGUUUGGAAUCUCAUCACCUUUGAAGCUGGCAUCCUGAAUACUUUGCUUUGUCUUCUUUGGUUGAGUUUUGUUUACAGGAUUCUGAGACAGUUCGGUGGGUAUUUGUGGCGCAUGGGCAUCUUGCGUUUUGCCCUGGGCUUCAUAACAACUGUGAUCAUUGGUCCAUUUCCGACCAUCUUCAACUUCUUGGCCCUCCCAGUGAUUCGAAUCAUCGCCUUCCUUCAGUCGAUUUUCGCAGAUUCCAGGUCUGACACGGAUGAGCCGCCAGCUGUGGUACAAGCAGGUACGGAAACGGAAGCGACGGCUGAGCCGCAUCACCCCAGCACCGCAGCAGUGAAAGUCUCAACCGACAAAGACCUCCCCGCUCGAAAUCUCCGGCAACGCAAGAAAAAGGAGACUGACGAGGAAAAAGAAGCCAAAAAGAAGGCACUCCUCACUGGCGAGGCGCAGACCAACACGGAGGAUGCAGCCGUGCAGAAGCCAGUUCCAGUACCUGAAGGCCUUUGGCAAGUUGUAUCUUGGAGCAACAAAGAGCCCGUCAAAGCUCGUCAGGCUGCAGCCAGUGCCAUGCAAUUUGACAUUCUUUUGAUCCUUACAAAGCCAGUGAUUCCUUUGUGCAUGCUUGUGGCACUGGGACAGGUUUGGAAUGGUCUGUUCUCCUCGCUGUUCAUUGGCCAUGCGCUUCGAAAGUGGGUCCCGCAGAUGAGCUAUGAGGCACACCAUCUUCUUUGCGCACUUUUUGGCACUUUGCACACCUUGCUGGGCGUAUCUGCAUCCAAGUUGGAGGACUAUGCGAACCGAGAAGGCAGCAAGGUGUUGCACUUGGCUUGGGCCUGGUCCUUCAAGGAUGUGCUCUCCGUGAUGCACAUGUGCCAGCUGGGUGCAGCAGUCACCGCAAUGUCUGCUCUUGGGAAUGAGCCGUCUUACGCGGCAUCCUUUGCUUCUGGCAUCGCUUUACGAAUUGCCGUGGGCCAGGAUGCCUUUCGUGGCCUUGGGUUUGUCCACUCAUUGGCAGACUAUUUUCAGGCAACCCUCAAGGAUCUGGGUAUCUCGCUGGAUGCGGCAGACGAGGUUGUAGCCUACAGUGGAAGUGGCAUCGGUGACUGCGGAGGUGGACCUUUCAGGAUGCUCUUUGGGGAUGAGACGCUUGCUGCGAUUGCUGCUGUAGUCCUCAAGGCUUGGCUGCUCUUGUUGCCAGCGCUUUCCACUGCCCAGUGGUUCCAACGAACCUGCCAAGCUAGCCGGAUGCUGGGGAAGCGGUGGAAGAUGACUCGCUUCGUUCAGAGACUUUUUCUUUUCUUGCUAGGUGUGCUGCAGAUUUGCCUUUUUGCCAGCAGUGAGCUCAAUGCUUCGAAUGGUGCACUCAUCAACUAUUGGCUGGCCAUGCUCUUCGGCUGUGCCGGAGAGUCGUUGCUCAGCACGUACGACAUUCGGGGUCCAGUGAGGCAAAUCAUAUUUCUCGUGCUAUUCCUCUUCAUGUGAGAUUGGUGAAGAUACUUGAGCCAUUGCCGUCUUGCAGAUGGCAGCAGCGCCCUUCAUGCACAAAAUAUACCCUACAAGAAACCUGACCUUUUCUAGAAAUUCUUUAACCAGCAGUAUGUUGUAAUCUAUUUCGAUUCUACAACGGUGUUAUCCAAUUUUACAGUACCUUGUGCAAGAGCCUGCAUGAAAAAGAAUGUGCGGUCAGAAGAAUCAGCAAUGCUUCAGCUUUGAACAGCUGUUCAAUUUGCUAAAUCUCCAGAGCAGAGUAUGGGCUCUGGAAUUGGCUGGUUGUGUGGGUGUGUCAGC